AUGCUGUCCCAAAGAUUAAUAGGCCGUGCUGCCGUCCGGUCCGCCUUCAAGCCCUCGGGGCUCCCUGUCGUCGUUUCUCCCAGGUUGAGGAGGACCUAUGCGACCGAGUCUGGUCUGUUUGCCAACAUCAAGAGCUGGUUCUCGUCAAAGGAUUCUGGUCGGCUGACUGUUGAUGUGCCCGUAGAGGAGAAGGAUCUCGUCAUCAUUGGAGGUGGUGUCGCUGGCUAUGUUGCUGCCAUCAAGGCCGGCCAGGAGGGUCUCAAGGUCGCCUGUAUCGAGAAGCGCGGCACCCUCGGCGGUACCUGCCUGAACGUCGGCUGCAUUCCCUCCAAGUCGCUCCUCAACAACUCCCAUCUCUACCAUCAGAUCCUCCACGACUCGAAACACCGCGGUAUCGAGGUCGGCGAUGUCAAGCUCAACCUCGCCCAGCUUAUGAAGGCCAAGGAACAGUCCGUCAGCGGUCUCACCAAAGGUGUCGAGUUCCUUCUGAAGAAGAACGGCGUCGAGUACAUCAAGGGUGCCGGCGCCUUCGCCGAUGAGCACACCAUCAACGUCAAGCUCAACGACGGCGGCGAGACCUCCGUUAAGGGCAAGAAUAUCCUUAUCGCCACUGGCUCCGAGGUCACCCCCUUCCCCGGCCUCGAAAUCGACGAGAAGCGCGUCAUCAGCAGCACUGGCGCCAUUGCUCUUGAGAAGGUCCCGGAGAAGAUGCUCGUCAUCGGUGGUGGCAUCAUUGGUCUCGAAAUGGCCUCUGUGUGGUCCCGUCUCGGCGCCCAGGUCACCGUCAUCGAGUUUCUCGACCAGAUUGGCGGCCCCGGCAUGGACCUUGAGGUUGCCAAGUCCAUCCAGAAGAUCCUGAAGAAGCAGGGCAUCAACUUCAAGACCGGCACCAAGGUCGUUUCCGGUGACAAGACUGGCGAGACCGUCAAGCUCGAGGUCGACUCCGCCAAGGGCGGCAAGCCCGAGACUCUCGAGGGUGACGUUGUUCUUGUCGCUAUUGGCCGCCGUCCCUACACCGAGGGUCUCGGCCUUGAGAACAUUGGACUCGAGAAGGAUGAGCGCGGCCGUGUCAUCAUCGACUCCGAGUACCGCACCAAGAUCCCCCACAUUCGCUGCGUUGGUGAUGUCACCUUCGGCCCCAUGCUUGCUCACAAGGCUGAGGAGGAGGCCGUUGCUGUCGUCGAGUACAUCAAGAAGGGUUACGGCCAUGUCAACUACGGCUGCAUUCCUUCGGUCAUGUACACCUUCCCCGAGGUUGCCUGGGUUGGCCAGUCCGAGCAGGAACUCAAGAAGGCUGGUGUUCCCUACCGCGUCGGUACCUUCCCCUUCAGCGCCAACUCCCGUGCCAAGACCAACCUUGACACUGAGGGCAUGGUUAAGAUGAUCGCCGACCCCGAGACCGACCGGAUUCUCGGUGUCCACAUCAUCGGUCCCAACGCCGGUGAGAUGAUUGCUGAGGGUACCCUUGCCCUCGAGUAUGGCGCUUCCAGCGAGGACAUUGCCCGCACCUGCCACGCUCACCCUACCCUCGCCGAGGCUUUCAAGGAGGCGGCCAUGGCCACUCACUCAAAGGCCAUCCACUUCUAA